GGUUGGGACAAAGCCCACAGCCGCACUGUGGGAAAGUAACUGCAGGCGGGGCCAUCUAGGAUGCUCACAGUGUCGGAGCAUAUCCCAUUUGAUCAGGGAUAAGCCCCCGCGCGAAGGUUCUUUGCUGCUUACAAGAGGAUUUAUUUGUUGAUUUUUUUUUCGUUUUAUUUUUUGGGAGUAUUCUUUGUGACUCGUUGCUCUGCAGGCUGCAACUUCAACAUUUUCUAUAAGUCUCUUAACACUGCGGACAGACAACGGGUCACGACAAAGUCACUUAUGAGGCGGAAAGAGGGUGGGGGGCAACGACUCCCGGGAGAGCUCCCGUCUGGAUAACCUUGUGGCGGAGCCUAAUCCAUUAAGGGCCACCGGGAGGUUAUCGUUCCAUCGGAGGUGUUGAAAGAGCUGCAAAUGGCAGAACUCAGCUGUCGGGACAGCCAUGCAUUUAGAUCUGGAAGCGACGAGACGCCAAUAGUGGCCCACUAAAGGCGACGAGCAAGCACGCGGCUGUCUUCGUGAAGGAAUCGAUCUCCAAGCUUUGCCGUUGUCAUUGCUUUGUCAUUGGUGACCAAAGGGGUGGUUUCCAGGGUAAGACGCGGUUAGAUAUUUUCCUUUAAACGGUUGAUUGGAAGAAGGGGGCGCGGGGAGCUCGCGUGGAGUGUAAAUGACCGCGAACGCAGCGGUGCGCCGAUUUAGCGGCGUUUUCUCAGCCCAUAAACUGCGUCCCAGCGGAUCUCGAGCGGACGCUGGGUUUCUGUGGGCUGCCACCGGCACCGCGCCUCGUUUAUUUCGAUACGACUGAACCGCGUCACGUGGCCCGACCACCUCAAAAGUCAGCCGCGUGCAGGGAAGACCGAGACAACGAAAAAUACACGCACACACCAAAAAAAAAAAAAAAAAAGUGGACACCGACUAUUGUUGAAUGGUUCUGACCAAGAGUGGGAUUAUUUCGCGCAUUUUUUGCCUGAGAGGGAUUCUGCGCUUGGUUUGCCAAGAGUGGAGAUAACUGGACAAAUAACCCCUACCACCAGCGAGGACGCGAGGGAGACGCAAAGGUUGGGUUCCCUCCCCGUAGGCUGCCCAUCCUAACCUACAGUACCCAUCUGUCUACAGAUGUUCUUCAUGUUGACCCCAAUUAAAGCACAACACACUUCAUAGAGUCCCCGUUUUUCAUGUGGAUGAUCAUGGAACGGCUGUGGUUGUCUUUGCUGUUGCUGGCAGCAGCAUGCAAGGGACAACAAUGUCCGAAACGUUGUAUGUGCCAGAGUCUGUCGCCCUCGCUCGCUAUCCUCUGCUCGAAAACAGGCUUGCUAUUUGUUCCUCUUGCUAUCGACCGACGUACCGUGGAGCUUCGGCUUCAGGAGAACUUCAUCACAGCUGUCAGAAGGAAGGAUUUUGCCAACAUGACCAGCCUGUUACACUUGACGCUGUCCAGAAACACCAUCAGUCAGAUCCUUCCUUCAGCUUUCAGUGACCUGCGGCGAUUAAGAGCACUCCAUUUAGACUCGAAUAGGUUAACCGUUAUUAAGGAUGAUCAUUUCAACGGCCUCACCAACCUUCGCCAUCUAAUUUUGGCCAAUAACCAGCUUCACUCCAUAUCUCCCCAUGCUUUUGAUGACUUCCUGUCCACACUAGAGGAUUUGGACCUCAGCUACAAUAACCUUGCACAAGUUCCUUGGGACACAAUUGGACGCCUAACAAAUGUCAAUACCUUAAAUAUGGAUCAUAACCUCAUUGACAAUGUUCCCCAAGGAGUUUUCACCAAUCUACACAAACUUGCCAGGCUGGACAUGACAUCCAACAAACUGAAAAAAAUUCCACCUGAUCCUUUGUUCCUGAGAAUCCCAGUCUAUGCAAAAUCCAAAGGCAGCCCCUUGUCAUCCUUAGUUUUGAGUUUUGGUGGAAACCCUCUCCAUUGCAAUUGUGAACUUCUGUGGUUGAGGAGGCUGACCCGAGAGGAUGACUUGGAGACGUGCGCUUCGCCACCAGACCUGAGUGCCAAAUACUUCUGGACAAUAUCUGAAGAGGAAUUUAUUUGUGAUCCGCCAGUGUUAACUCGCAAGUCACCUCAGACUGUGACUAUGGAGGGCCAGCCAGCCAGUCUCAAAUGUAAAGCAAAUGGGGAUCCAGAACCAGAAGUCCACUGGAUCAGUCCUGAAGGGCGACUUAUCUCGAAUGGCACAAGAAUAUUGGUUUUCCCAAAUGGAAGCUUGGAGAUCAACGUCACCUCUCUGAAGGAUGCAGGGAACUUCACCUGCAUUGCCUCUAACGCGGCGGGCGAAUCAACAGGGCGAGUGGAACUGCUCGUUACACCAAUGCCCCAUCUGGCAAACAGCACAAGCCGUAGCAGAGACCCAUCGGAGACCAGAGAGCCUGCUCCUUCUGACAUUCUAACCUCAUCAAAAGUCUUAAUGCCAAACAAUGAGACCCGUGCAGGAGAUCGCAAGGUUUCCUUGAUGGAGCUGACAGGAAACUCUGCCCUCAUUAGAUGGAGUAGUCAAACAACUAUUUCAGGCGUCAGGAUGUUCCAGGUCCAGUACAACAGCUCAGGGGAUGACACACUGGUGUACAGGAUGAUUCCCUCCAGCAGCAAUGACUUCCUGGUUCGUGACCUUGCCGCCGGGAGAAGCUAUGACCUGUGCGUCCUUGCCGUGUUUGACGAUGUUGUCACCUCACUGACUGCAACACGUCCUCUGGGCUGCUUGUCAUUCACGACAGACACGGAAUUCAGCCAGUGUCAGGCAUUACACAGUCACUUCUUGGGAGGAACUAUGAUCAUCAUCAUCGGCGGAAUUAUCGUGGCGUCCGUUUUGGUUUUUAUUAUUAUCCUGAUGAUAAGAUACAAGGUUUAUAGCCAGCAAGGGACUGCUCAUGGAAAAUCAGCCAUUUCUACAACCGUGCCAAGACAGCAGAGCAAUGGUCAAGGGGGUGGAGGUCAGGCCCAAGUCCUGCCUCGCUCUGCAUCAAAAGUGACUGACAGUCAGGACGAAGAAGCGGUGGGUCCUUCUGGGGCCCUGUCACCGAGCAACACCCUGAGAGACACUGUUGCAUUGGUUGUGGAGGACGCCGGUGGGCGGAACAUAAAAACACGGACUGACUUUACGGCCGGUGAGGAGUCGCUUUCACCCAAUAAAGCCCGCUUCGCCUCCAGAGUGGCCAUUGAGAUGAAAAACAGACCGCCAUCUGUCGUCAAAGAACCUACUUCCCCCAAGGAACUGGCAGGUAGAGAGCCAACGGAUAAGGAGCAUCGCGAGGGGAGGCAAGCAGCCGGGGGCAAAAUUGGCAAAAAGCGGUUCACGGGGAAAGAAUGGAUAUAGGAUAAAGAAAUGAAAAAGAGUCGUACAGGAAGAAAUGGAGAGUGGGGGCAAAAAUGAGAUAUUUUUGAGAGUGUGAAUUGCUUAGCGAGCCAAAGGGAAUAGUAGAAGCUGAGCGAGUGUGAAAGAGAAUGAUCGACAUAAGCCAUAUUGAAAGAAGGGAGGUUGGAGGAAAGGAAGACACAAUUUGAUGAGUACAUUCACAGUCAUAUAUUGUAGCCUUUGGUAGAGCAAGCAUUUCCUGAUCAAUUAUUUUGUGCAAAUUCUUCAGGUGGUUUACAUAUUAAUUAGAUUGUUAUGAAUUACAUUAUACUUCUCUAUUAUACAUUAAAUUCAUGCUACCUACGAAAUCGUCAGUGGGUGUAAAAGUACGCAUGCGCAGCAGUACACAAAGCUGUGUAAAAUUAAAAAAAAAUAAAAAACACUUCCUGACCUCCACCACUCACAAUCAGCGCCCUUCAAAAGCAGUUGGUUUUCUUUUUUCUGUACUCAUGUAUUAUAACCCCGUUUUGUUGGUUUGUGUGUGUGUGUGCCAUGUGGAGUCACCUCGAAGUCACGUCAUGACCCAACGUGCCGCACCUCGCCAUAUAGGCAAUAUCUCGGAGCUGUUACGGCGUUUCCCGAUGAGAGACCAAGCCCAAAAACGAAGAAGAAAAAAUGUCCCUUACUCUAUGCGCGCUAAUAAUUUCCAAUAUUUACGUAGUGGGGCUAUGAUGGGAAAAAAAAUGGGUUUGGAAAAUACUUUUGCCGUCACUUGAUAUAAUGCUUGGCAUCAGGUACAGCCAUUUCCUUCUUCCUCACAAGACGCCAAAUUCAUCAACUUGCGGCCGAUGACAAUAUCCAAAGGUAGUGAAAUGUUCAAAGCACAAAGUUCGAAAUCAGAAAAUGAGUCUGUCCCCCACCCCUCUCAUUUUAUUUGGAGAAAGAAAUAAACAAACUAUGCACUGAUUCAAAAGUAAUAAUAUGUACUUUUUUUACUGUAAUACAGUAUAAAGUCUUGAUACUUGCUUACUUCGCACCACUGGAAAUAACGAGGCAAAUAAACUGCUCGAAUUUCAGCCUGCCUAAGCGCGCGUUUUGAUGACAAUUUCGACUCACGCUUUGGGUUCCGCUCCCUCAAGUGAUUGCUGUAUAAAUGUGGCCUAUUUUCCUUAGAAUCAGUCAGAGUCUAAGUGAACCUCUCCAGGGUAAUAAUGUAUAAUAGGAGCAGAAACACUGUAACCAAUGUGGAAUACGCCACACAAACAAUGCGAAAGGGAAAUCUGCUAUGAGUGAUAGACAGUAGCUAGCUGAGAACGGUGGUGGUGGGAUUUAAACUGGUGGAACGAUUAAAAAGCUUGGCUGGCUUUGGUGAAACUAAAAACAGCCACGCAACGACGACAACAACAAACGCAUUUACUGUGAUAUGAAUGAAGUAUGUUCAUUUAAAAGAGCGGAGCGGAAAGGCACGAUUGUGACAGUGAGUCACAUGAACGGAAAAAAAAAAAAGGUCUUGGACAAGAUGUUUGACUCAGCCGUGCCUCACGUAAACUGAGAUAUUUAAAUCGCCGGUUUUAUCAAAAGGAAAAUGUUCCAUGGCGUCCAAAUGACUCAAGGCUAGUGGUGCAUAGUGUGCAGAGGUUGCCAACUUUCUGCCACAGAGUUCUAGAAGUCUUUUUUACUUGAAGAGCAAUGCAUAGGGGGCUUCAUGGAAUGGGUUUCCAUGGUUGAGCAGCUGCGACCAAGCCAUACAUCACCAAAGUGCAAUGCGCAACCUUGACUGUUGUGUCAAGCACGGCGCCAGCGGACUCGAGAGGAGGGACACCCGUUCUCUGGGGUGACUAAUCACUCUUUUCCAUCUGGCAAUCGCCUGCUUGUCCAACAUCAGUGUGUGAACUCAAAAAUCACGCUAUUAUGGCUGCAAAAUGUCGGCCAACAUCACAAGUGGGAUGUCACUGAAGUUCAUAUGCAAGUUAACAUAGCCACAUGAAUGUUUUGGGCGAUACAUAGGUGAGCCGCCAUUGCCGAAUGAGUCCAAAAUUGCACAGAUAGAUUCUGAUAUACAAUACAAGAAUGGUUCAGUUGGUCACGCUCAUACCUCUUUCAUCGAUUGAAAGUUUCAUUUUCACGAUAUGAAGAUUGUGAAGUGUUUGAGAGUCACAUUUUGUAAAGCUUACAAUGUUUUUUUUUGUUGCAAACUUAAACUGCGUAAAUUUGGAUCGCAGAACACAAAUGAUUGUGUCAGAGGUUAAGAAGAAGAAGAAAAAAAACUAAUCUUGCCUGUGGGUCACCAUUAAAAACGUGUCCUUGAUAACAGCCCUGUACAAGAUGAAUAUUACUAUUCUAUUAAGCAACUUAAUCAUGGGGAGAACAGGCUAUUCUAAAGCUAAUAAAACUUUAUGAUGACCGACUUAUUCCCAGGAUGCACAUCCUCAAACAACAAAAUCUGAAAUAAGCACUCAGCGCGUAUCUUCCUGUAAAUUUGAUCAUUUGUAACUUGUAGGAAAAAAAAAAGAA